CCUUUGACCUUUAUUUCACGAUUUCAUAUGAUUCAGCCCCCCAUCUUCAACCCAUUUUCUCAUCAUAAUAAAAUAUGCCAAUGGAUCGAUCCAGUUCAUGGGGAAGCAGUCACUCAGGAUCCGAGGGAAUCAGCCGAGGACGGCUGGUGGUGUUGUCGGUGGAAUGUUUGAAAGGGAGCUCCAAAGCCGAAGAAUGGACCGGCGACAUGUUGGAGACCGGCGACAUCGUGGAGGAGAUCAAAAUCGGAAACAUGAGCAUGACGGCGCCAUUCAAGAACGGCAACGCCGGAAUCCAGAAGAUUCUGCAUAACUCAUUCAAGUCCAAAGAGACGUCUAUCCGAGUUCGCAUCAGGCGUGGAUCGGACGAGUUCGCUGAGUUGCUGGCUUGUAUUGUGCCCAACACCGGUUCUACCGGCGGUAGGAAGCAGUACAUGUUGAGGUCGAUUGUUGAUCCUAACUACACCGUCGGCUUCGUGGAUCGGACGGAAACCGAGUGCUACGCGUUGCAAGCUUCAAGGGGUUCGAGGAUGGUGAGUGCACUAGCAGCUGCCCAACUCCAUGAUGGAUAUGUUGCAUAUCCAUGGCAAAAGAAAAUGCAAGAGCUGCUCUCCAUCCCCAAUUCCAGCUGUUUUCUAUCCAUUCUCUUCCUUCCAAAAGCCUCCGAAAGGGUUCUGCAUCGAUACAACGACUUGGAGGAUACCCUUUCGAGAGCAAACGCUUGGCAUACCGCCGCUCAAGCAUCUGGGGUCCCUAUCCUCUUUAUGAACAUCCAAACAGAAUCCCUUCUCACCAAGAUUUCUGGAGAAAUGGCUUCGUCUACUGUAAACGCUGGCUCGUUAUCAGACUUAAUGAAUCUUGCAAGCGUUAGUCUCUAUGGUUUCGAAGAUUACCAUGGGGUUGACAUUGGUGUAGUCAGAGCCGUUCGUCUUUGGUUUGCUCCUCUUGGUGGAGAGAUUGCGGUUGAAGUAAAGAUCAAAGAGGGUGACACAAAGCUUGGAUUCGCCAUUGGUCGGACAGAAGAGGGAUUCAUUCAUGUUACCUCUGUUACUGGAGAUGAUCAAGACUCACCAUCAUCACGAUCAGGUCUAAGCAGUUUGUACACAGAAGCUAAAAGAGCAAGAAAGCACCUUGUGAUCUCAAGAAUAUCAAAUCAGAAAGUACUUCCAUGGAUGGUUUCACCAGAAGGAGCUAUAAGAUGCUACGAUACAGUUUCUCUUAGCCAAAAGCUCUCUUUGCACCGCCAUGCCAAAGUGCCUAUAUCACUUCAUGUAUUUGCGUGGGACCAAGAAGUGGCCAUGUUAGGCAACGCCAACCUCAGGACUCAAACAAAUCCACCAAUUGCAUUGGCUUUACCUCCUGAAACUCAAACAGCAAACGUAGCAGCUACAAAUCAAGUAAUGCCAAUAGGAACAGACACACAACAGAGUGUUCCAGAGUUAAGACAAGAUAGAGACACAGCAGGUGAAACAUCAUUCCGAUUCCAUGACUUUUCCCUACCAAAUAAUUGGGUAUGAGAUGCGUUCUCAUGUUUUAGACCAAAACAUUUACAUUGCAUUGAAUAGGUCUCCUUUGUAUAUAUCAACCUGUAUGUAAUUUAUGAUUUUGCAACACCAUACAGAUAUGAAAUAAACAAAUUUGACUGAUUUUUU